CGUCGAACGCCGACUUGCCGUCCUCCAACACUAACCGUCUCAACUUUGAACUCAUGCACCGUAACUUCGACCGUAUCUUGUGAAUGUUAAAGUUCAAUUUAAACUGUGUUGUGUGGUAUUGGCGAAAUCGUAGCACAGUGACCUCUUGGUGUAGGUGCAGUGUAGUGCAAAAAUGAGUGAAGACAACGCCGUCUCCGAUGAUAUGAAGAGACAGGCUGCCAUGUUCUAUAAUUCCACUGAAAGAGAUUAUAUAAAAGAGGACCGCGAAUCACGAUGUGUCUUCCGGCACAGACGAUACCUGGUUGCGCUCCUGGCAUUCUUCGGGUUUUUCAACGUGUACGCACUAAGGGUCAACUUGUCAGUGGCGGUUGUCGCCAUGACGGAACCCAUCGAGACCAAGCUGGAUAAUGGGACUAUUGUAUUUGUACCAGAAUUUGAUUGGAGCACACAAACCAAGGGGUUGAUUCUCAGUUCCUUCUUCUAUGGAUACCUGAUCACCCAGCUACCUGGCGGCUGGCUCGCUGCUAAAAUAGGAGGUAACAGAGUGUUUGCCAUUGGGAUAGGAGCGACGUCACUCCUGACAUUGUUGACCCCGCCACUAGCGUACACAAGUACAGCCUUGCUAAUUGCCGUGAGGGUAGUUGAAGGACUAUUUGAGGGUGUUACGUAUCCGUGCAUUCAUGCAGUGUGGUCACGAUGGGCGCCGAGCGAAGAGCGCGCACGGCUUGCAACACUUGCGUUCAGCGGCAGCUACGCCGGCACCGUUGUCUCUAUGCCUGUGUGUUCACUACUCGCCAAAUAUACAGGAUGGCCCGGUAUAUUUUACGUCUUUGGUAUCUGCGGUCUGGUAUGGACUACAAUAUGGUGGCUCGUCGUAAAGGAAUCACCAGAGAAAGAUCCUCACAUAACACCGGCCGAACUAAAGUACAUACAGGACUCACGAGGCACUCAAGCAGUGGAUGGCUCCCAGAUCCGUCACCCGUGGAAGGCGAUGCUGACGUCAGCGCCGGUGUGGGCGAUAGUGAUGGCGCACUUCAGUGAAAAUUGGGGUUUCUACACAUUACUCACAUUUCUACCCACUUUUAUGAAAGACGUAUUCAAGUUCGAAACGUCACAAACUGGAUGGGUGGCAGCUAUCCCGUAUCUAGCGAUGGCCAUCGUACUACAAGUGGCCGGCCAUUUGUCGGACUGGUUGCUAAGAAAAGGAAUCAUAAGCAGAACUAACAUUAGGAAAUUGUUUAACUGCGGCGGUUUUCUUGCUCAGACAAUCUUCAUGGUGGCGGCCGCGUACUCGAGUUCUGUAGUUGGGUGCGUCGUCUUCCUAACGAUCGCGGUCGGCCUUGGCGGGUUCGCUUGGUCUGGAUUUAGUGUGAAUCACCUGGACAUAGCACCUCCACACGCGAGCAUCCUCAUGGGACUCAGCAACACGUUCGCUACACUACCGGGGAUGGUCAGCCCGCCGUUAGCCGGCAGCAUUCUACAGGAUAACACUGCAGAAGAAUGGCGAAUGGUAUUUUUCAUAUCCAGCGCCAUCUAUCUCAUCGGUGCGAUAGUCUACGGUGUGUUUGCAUCCGCCGAAAAGCAACAUUGGGUCAUAGAAGCAGACUGCGACGCUAGUUUCGACACAGAUGGCGCCUCCGUCACCACCGCAAGGGGAUACGACAAUAAAGCUAUGGACAAUAAUUCUGAGAUGUAAACAUUUUUAAUAGUAUAUUACGAUAUAAGUGUUAUGAUGGUUAUACCACACAAGGCAGUAUAUCAGCCAGAGCCGAAUAAAGCCAAGUGUGUUAAAAACGCACACAUAUCCUACGGCGUUUUUGUGGUGUAGACUGUUGCUCUCCCGCCGUUUUAUUUUUUUUAAAUCAGCGCGCUGUCUACUGGCUGUCGCUGAGCGGCGAUCAGCUAAAAUAAUUGGUUUGGAAUAUAACUUCACUAUUUGCGUUUAUAAAACACGCGUUGAAAAUAGUUUAUACAAUGGGCUGCGUGAAACAGAGACAGAAGUGCCUCUGUCUCACCUACAACAGCUGCCAAACAGCUCGCUUUGUAAGUUUGAAGUGAAAACUCGGUUGAAGAGUGAGAUAUGUCAGUGAUAUUACAAAUUACGGAGACAUGACACCUAGUCUUCCAGAAUGGCAACGCAUGAGGAGUACCACAAUUGUCAGGUGAUGUAAUCUCCGUGGUGCUAUUCAUGAUAUUUAGGCAGCCACUUGCCAUUAGGUGGUCAAACUGCUAGUUUGCCAUUCCUAUUCCAUUAAAACGCUUUACAUGUUUAUUGUAAAGAAAACUAGAAACUAAAACCUCAUACAAACCUACUUUAGCUUAAUAGCUAACAGCUUAAAAGCGUUUUGUACUAUUCCUGAAAAUUUAGAUAAUAUCUUAUAGAAUAGGACGGAACACAAUUAAAAAUAAA